CUUCAAAGAGCAAGGAAGGGGAAUUAAAAAAAAAAAAGCUAAUAGCUUCAACCUGUGUACUUAAAUUCGCUACUUCUCUCUGAGAUCGCUAAUUAUGUUUUUAUCUUGGAAUGGGUGAGCUCACAUAACUCUAGCGUCUUUGCAGUGACUUGAAGUGGCUUGGACUUGUUUAAACUGGAAGAUGUGGAGCGGACUGUUACCUCCAGGACUGAAUGAAAGUGAUGCUGACUUAAGUUCUGAUGAUGGAGAUGAGUCGUGUAGUUCCUUUUCAAAGGAAGAUGCAAAAGGAGGUAUUGAAAGGGCUCAGCUUUCUGAAUUCCAAGAGAAUGGACCUGAAAGUAAUGCCAUCAGUGAACCCAUUGUGAUAUCAGUGGCAGAUGGAGAAAACGAAUCUCAGACGUGCCCUUCUGGAAUUUCUUUAAAUAUGUGGAAUAAAUUUGUGGAGCUUCAGAAGAAAAACCGUGAAAUGAAGACCCAAGCAAAUCAGGGAAACAAAAGCCGAAAAAGAAAGCGCCACAGAAAAGAAAAACAGAAAAAGAACGAUGAAGUGACUAAGAGUCAACAGUUGGCAAAUGAAGACAAAUGGAAAGAACUUACACAAUACUUUGGAAUCAAUGAUAGAUUUGAAUCACCUGUGGAUAGCAAGGCUCCACAAAAGUCUGGCCUUGAACUUAGCAUAGAGAAGUCUGUGGCUGAAGGUGACAUUGAUAAGGCUGAGGAGCUGAGUGAUAGAUUAGCCAUUCGUGAGCUUGGUGUGAAAAUUGCCAAAGCUGCUGCUUGCCGCAACUUUGUAAAAGCCAAGCAAGAAGCGGAGGCUGCCCAAGAAGCUCGAAAGAAAAAGAAGCUUGCUUGGGGAUUUGAAGCCAAGAAAAGAUGGGAAACAAAAAGCAACAUGGGAUACAUGUAAUCCACCCUGUUUUCCUCAGAAGUCAAAUACCUGUUGUUACCUGAAGAAUCUUUAUGGGUGACUUCUUAAAUCUAAACACAAAAAAAACCCCAAAACAAAACCCAACACAUGAAAUUCCUUGUGUUCUUCUUAAUGCUGUUAGACUGCAGUAUCUUGGUGUGGUGCUCUGCUACAGUGUAGCAAAAAUACUAUCUAAAUAUCAAUACUAUGUUAAAUAUAGUAUUUUUCUCCAAAAGAUGAAAAUCUAAGAUAAUGCAUUGCAGAAUGCAUUUGGAGUCUAGUGGAGAACUCUCUGAAGUUGGAAUAAAAUACUCAGUCCAAAUGUGUUCUGUGCUGCACUGCAGUUAAAAUGCGUGGGUGUAAGGAGAGGGUUAAGUUUUCCUGCUGAGGUUAUACAGACUUAAUGCAGUAAGUACUACUUUUCUGAUUGCUUGAAAGUUUGGGGGGGCACUAAAUAAAGCAAAGCAAAAUCACUCUACCUGUUUAAAACUGUUAUUAUUUAUGCAUUUAUGGGCUUAGUAAAUAUAAACAGAAAAAAAAUGGCUGAGAGCCCAUUCUCCCUCUCCUGGGAGGAUCUGGUACUAUUCAUCAUGUCCUGGUGCCAUGUUCUUCAGAAUAUUUAAAAUUCCCAUUUUCCUUUCCUUUCUAAGAACUCAGGUUUUAAAAGUCCCAGUUUCUUUGAACAGAUAAAGUAUAGAAAUAUGUAUCUUGAAAAAUACCUGAAAUAUGUUAUGUUGUGCAGUUAGCUGCACCCAAGAAACAAAUGCAGAUUUUACUACAAGUCAAAUGUUCUACAGAUCAAUUAGGAUUUGAAUGUUUAUGUUAUAAGAUUAUAACACGAAUUGAUGAUAAUAUUUCUUCAAAAUUGUUCUCAGUGAAAAGUAAGGACACAAUCAGAACUAAUAACUUUUCUCCCUGAAGCUCUUGCAUAUAUGUUUAGUCACCACAAUGCCUGAAUUGAAUUGGUAAUGUAAAUGUCAGUUAUUGUUAACCAAGAUUAAUAUGUUUCAGGCCAAAGGUAUGGUAUUAGCGUAAUGGUGAUUUACUAUGUAAGUACUUGAGGCUAAAACAACUUGCCAACAAAUAGCAAUUUGAAGUUUUACGGCACCAAUUCGAAGAGUUUAGGUUUGCAGUCCAACAUGGAAUAGUGCAUUUUUGUUCAUUAGCCCUCGGGAUGUUUGAUUCUUUUUCUUUCCUAGCAGAACAUCGUAUUUCUUUCACAAAGAUGAGAGUUUGCAAUAUGGUAAUCUUCAGUUAGCUGUAAUUAGUUAUGAUGACAGAGUUGAAUACAAUUGCCAGGAUUGUAAAUUGGGGGCUAAACAGGUUUCUGCAGUAUAACAUCAUAAAUCUCACACUAUGGUUUACAAACUACAUUAGCUUUAGAAACUUUGUUGUGGGAGGAAGCAAGUGAUAUCUCUUAGUAAAGUGAUUAUAAAGGUAAAUUGCAUGUUUACUUGCAUAAACAAAGAGAUUACACCAUGAACCUUCAUCAAGAUUUUUCUCAGUUCCAAAUGUUCCUGUCCAAAGCUUAGAGGCGCUCUGUCUGUAGUUUCUGUUGUUAUUUUUUUUACGCAACUGGCAGAUGAGUGUUAGAUACAGUUGACCUUUCUGCUUGUUACAUACUGAAAAGCAGAUGCUGAUAAUUUUGUCCUGAAAACAUCAGGAGUAUUCCAUUAAACAUUUAAAAGUAGCGUAUAUUAAAUGUUGUAUGUUUUCUUAUAAUAGUUGUUCUUAAUAGUAACAGUAUUUAUUGGUCAAAUAAAGGUCUUGAUCUAAUUGUAAGGAUCAGUGCUGUUUGAUAUGAAAAUGUGCUUUAAAAGAAAUCCAAACCUUCAAAAAACAGCUAUUUUCUGAGAACUUGCCACAUGAUAUUUGUCACAGCAGUGCAUACCCAGCCACCUGUAGUAUUUUUCUCUUAAAAUAACCAAUUAGAUUCAUGUUAGGCCAUUAAUAAUGUAACUGUUUAGGAAGUAUACAGAAUAUUUGCAUUGGGUUACUUGGGUGAUGAAUUUAAAAAUCACAUACCAAUUAUUUUGAUCUACCUAAAGUAUUCGCUUAGAAUAUUAGUUAAUUCCCAGAAUUAUACCAUGUUAAAAAAAAUGCUGAUUACCAGGGAAAAUACAAAAGCCUAAUACAGCUUUACAGAGAUCAUCUAAAUACAUAAUAAAUGAAUCCAUAACUGUACCUUUAAUAAACAUCCUCCUAAAUUGCUGCUCUGAUUCUAAGAUGUCUUGCAUUCCUGAUGCUUUUUUUUGUAGUUUUGUUCUGUGCUGUGAAUUUUGGCCAAACAAGUAAAACUGUGUUCUGAGAUUUAACUUUUCCUGUUUUUUAACAGUUAGAACAAUCCAAAUGCUUGUUUCAGUUAACUGAAACCUUUUUAAUCAGCUUAAAUAUAUAAUCUCUUACACUGAACUAAAUUUGAGUUGUAACAAUAAUUCUUUUAGCAAAUGAAAAGUUUGCACUAUUUCCUCGUCUGACUGAAAUUACAUAUCUAGAGAAAUGUACUUAAAUUAUUAAUUUCAGUACAGAUCUGUUGUGAAGCCAAAUAUUUAUUAGGAGCUCAUUUGAUGAUAUCUUGAGUUGGGCAACAGUUAAAAGGCAGCCUUGCCUAAGCUCCUUCCUACCCCUCAGAAGCCUUAAACAUAAAUGCAUCAUUAGUUUUGCCCCAUUUUUUUCUCCAUGAUAAUUUAAUAUUUCUUCCAACUAUAGUCAUGGUACUCUCUCAGAUAUGCUGAGUAGUCUUAAGUCUUUUGAGGAGCUUCCCAAGUGCAGUUCUCUGGAGUAAAUGGAAAAACUAACACUGAAAAGGGGAAUGUCCUCUCACAACUAUCCAUUGUCCUUUGAACAAGGGUUGUAUCUUGAGCUACAUGGCCUGAUCAACGCUAGCUCUGUUACGUGCCAAACUUUGUCAGUAAGGCCUGUUAAUUAAGUUUAUUACUUGGGCACUAUAACACAGUGAGGUGGCUAGAUUGCUUUUGGUUUUACAAUAGAGUUGGUUGAUGUCAAGUUGAUAGCUGUGUGCUGUUUCACUAAGCAGUGUAGACGCUCUUUGUUGUAUGCUUCUCACUCAUAUGGGUGUCAUACUUUCUCAUUUCUACUCCCAUCUGGGGAUAGUCCAGGCUCCUGUUCUUGCAAUUCUGUUGCAUUCUAAGGCCUAUGCAAUCAAGAAAUAAAUUGUUUAUCAACUCCUAUGAUAAAAUACAGCCAGUUUGAAGUUUGACAACAGCAUACUAAUACAAUUACUAGUAUUUCUUAAUACCACAUUCCUGAGCUCCUAAACCAAAGAGUGGCUGCAGGGACAGUUUGACAGAUAAAAACAUAUAUAUAGUUGUUAGAGUUUUAAUAGUUUUUUGCCUGCAACCAUAAUCUGUAUCAUUAUUUUUUUUAGUUUAAUUCUGUUGGACAAGUUUCAAAGAUAAAUAUGGUGUGUAAUAAGCCUUUGCAACCUCUAAUUUGUGAAGGAGUGUCUGUCCAGUUAAUACUUGCUCAUUGAAGCAAGGGGUUUUGAAAUAACUGAAGUACGAACUGUAAUUACUGAUGUCUGUUUCCUAUUCACCUAUGGCUUCUGGCAUUUGAUCAAAAAAUGUAAUGUAUUGCUUAAUCUCAGAGCAUUCCCCACUUUCAGAAAUAUUUACUUCAUGAGGAUUGUACAGCACUAAAUGACCUCAGCAAAACCAGAGGAGAUUUUUAUUUGGCAUUGAUCAUAUGUAGUUAAUCCACCAACAAGUAUUUUUCCUGUUAUUUUUGAAUGUUGGUAAUUUAGAUUUGCAUGUAUUUAUAAUGUACCUCUAGUGCAAGCGCAAAGCAUUCUAAAAAGUAUUAAAUAUAUUAAUAGGGUGGGGUUUUUUACUUCACAAAUGGGGUGGCCAAAAAGAGGAAUACAAAGGUUAAGCAAUUUAUGUGAGGGCAAACUGCAGGCUGACAGCAAAGUGGCAAAUGGAGUCUCCUAGUCUGUGUGCAGUUUGUCAUAGCUGGAAAUAACAUGGAGAAAGAAGUCCUGAACAAGUGUGAGGCAGGUGCCUAAAUCUCUUUGAAAGCCAUUGGGAAUUGGGUACCUUGUUACCAUCUGUCCUACUGAGAGGGUAAAAAACUGGGAUAUUGAAUGCAGAUGUUCUGAGCAUCACAAGAGUUAAGUAGAAGCCCUAAUUUCAUUUGAGAAAAGUUGUCGUCUUUCUUGUUGAAAAGUGCCUGCAUUGCUUUGAUCUGCCUCCAGCUGUGUUUUAUACCACCAGAUCUUGUCUUCCUGGUUUCCUUGAGACUGUGUAUAACAGAGUUGAGAGUUUUUCUAUUUCUUUGCUUAGAAACAGACCUGGAAUAUAAUAUUUUCUCCUCAAAAAGCAUUUGAGUUAGAUAAAAAGAAACACAAACAGCCAACUUUACUUAUAAAAUGAGCUUUACAGUUUUUGCAUGUGCUGGUUCUUAUACUCAUUCUUUGAGUAUGUUCAUAAAUAUGAUGGGCACCAUCUGAGGAAGGAGAAAGCUAUUUGCAGUGAAAAGACAGCGUCAUGCCAAGAUGUUGGUUGAGUUCCAAAUCAGAGAAGCAUGUCAGUUAUUGAAUCAUCAUCCUAACUUAAAUAGUACUUCCUUUUUCUUGGAGUUUCCCUGGUAUGCUGACUGCUUGGCUCAUACAGAUGAAGUGAUU